UGAGCCUCGCGGCGCUCCGUAGGCGCAGCGCAGGGAAGUGGAGAAGUGCUGGUGCGCGCCCACGGGCAGGCCUGCCGCGCAGGCGAAAUGGCGGCGCAGAAGAUUAACGAGGCGCUCGAACACAUCGCCAAAGCGGAGAAAUAUCUGAAAACUGGCUUCUUAAAGUGGAAACCAGAUUAUGACAGUGCAGCUACUGAAUAUGGGAAGGCAGCUGUUGCUUUUAAGAAUGCCAAGCAGUUUGACCAGGCAAGGGAAGCCUGUUUACGGGAAGCUGAGGCACAUGAAAAUAAUAAAGCUCUAUUCCAUGCUGCCAAAGCUUAUGAGCAGGCUGGCAUGAUGCUGAAGGAGAUGCAGAGACUCCCUGAAGCAGUUCAGCUGAUCGAGAAAGCCAGCAUGAUGUACCUGGAGAACGGGACACCAGAUACAGCAGCUAUUGCCCUGGAACGGGCUGGAAAGUUAAUAGAAAAUGUGAGCCCAGAGAAGGCUGUGCAGCUCUAUCAGCAAGCAGCAUCAGUAUUUGAAAAUGAAGAACGUUUACGGCAAGCUUUAGAAAUGCUAGGGAAGGCAUCAAGACUUCUAGUCAGAGGACGGAGGUUAGAUGAGGCUGCAUUGUCUCUUCAGAAAGAAAAAAGUAUUUAUAAGGAAAUUGAAAAUUACCCAACAUGCUAUAAGAAAACUAUUGCUCAAGUCUUAGUUCAUCUUCACAGAAAUGAUUAUGUUGCCGCAGAAAGAUGUGUGAGGGAAAGCUAUAGUAUACCAGGAUUUAAUGGAAGUGAAGACUGUGCAGCACUAGAGCAACUUUUAGAAGGAUAUGACCAGCAAGAUCAGGAUCAAGUUUCGGAAGUCUGUAAUUUGCCACUCUUCAAAUACAUGGACAAUGAUUAUGCCAAGCUUGGUCUUACCUUGGUGGUCCCAGGAGGUGGAAUCAAGAAGAAAUCGCCAAAUGCUGCGCAAGACAAAGCAAGAGGUCCAGCUGCAGUGGGCUCUCAUGCUGAUGAGGAAGAGGAUGAAUAUUCUGGUGGACUAUGCUAGGUGCAGAUGUAGGUUGUCCUAACUAUCUGACUUAUUUGUGAUGUUGAGCUUAUCCAAAGGUACCAGAUUUACCUGAAGCUUCAUUGCAAUUGUGGUGUGGGAAUGCUAAUAACGUGGCAGCUUAUGGGCACAAUACAUGAGAAGAAGCAUGAUUGUACCUAUUGUCUUGAAACAUCUUUGGACAUCAUUUUUUACUUGGUAGGAGUGUCCUCAGGGCCUUGCCUUCAGUUGACCAGGAAAAAAACUGAGACAAAUUUUUACUAAAAGCACAGUUUAAAAGAAGCCAAAACUCUGGAAGCACUGCAGUAGAGAGCCUGAGACAAAACUUUAAAUGCUAGAUUUCAGUAGCUGACACAUUUUAGUCCCAGUAGUACGUUUGUGAUUGUUUUCUUAGUCAACUAUAGAAUUGUUCAUCUGGCUAUUUAUCUCCUGUUUAACACCAUUUAAGGCCCGGCAGGAUUUUUCACUAGUAUGAGCACUAGGGGGAGCGUUCAGUUUAUUUUCAACAGGUUUUUACUCCACUGGGAAAUGUUAAUACCUUAUUCUUUGCAAGGAGUAUCCAUGUGGGCAUGAAAAAUACUAAGUCAGCUAGCCUGAAGCUAUCUUGCAAGCUUGAGAGUACACACACAUUUUUCAUACUACAAAUUUUGUUGACUUGAAGUCUUUGGAAAUAAAUGUGUGCAUAAUGUUUGUAGUGGACAAAAUGGAAAGUGGAAGGAUUGGACAAACCUUUCUUAGCAAUCCUUCUGAAGCAUGCCAUAAGCAAAAAAGAAACUGAAGGUAGCAGAUGAUAUGCAUUGAAUAUAAAGCGCCAAAGAAAAUGUUUACCAUUGUUUCAAUUAUAUGUUGAAGUUCAUGAGAGCUCAAGAUGUUUAUUUACUAAUCAACAAAGACAUUUUGUUCUUCCCUGUUUUCAAAGGAUAGAAUAUAGCUUAUAAAAGCUAUUUUUCAGACUAUCUCAGAAUCCAAAGUAAGCAAAUUUAUUGCGUCUUCUCUAUUUUUAUUUGGUUUCAAGUUGUCACGUGUUUUGCAGCUUUCUGUAUUUUCUUCAAUUUGUUUAACCAUUUUAUGUUUAAAACUUCACGAUGACACUAGAGGCUGUACCUGUGAUCUGUUUCUUCAGAAGAACUUAACAUCUGCAGUAGAGUGAAAUUGCUUGGAAUCCGACAGACUUGUGCGGGAUACACGAUGCCUCAAGUUUAAUGAACAGUAAACCAAAAGCAUAGUUUUAAGUGUUGACACAGUUCCUGACACAUAAAGGAACUGCAUGUCUUCAGAAAGAUCAAGGAUACAUUUGACUUGCAUGUCAUGUCUGACAUCAGGGUGUCAGAUGUAACUGUGAUGAAGGUAAACUUUUUUUUAGAGGGGUAAUACUCACUUUCCUUGAGGUGGAUAGUACUAGAUAGCAUUUCAAUGGGCACACAAGAUACAUUGUGGUUUGCAGAUAGAGCUGCUGUAAAAGCCAUGUUAUUCAAUUUGAUAGGUGUUCAAAAAGCAGUUUAGUCUCUUUGUAUUAUGUAAUAAUCAACCUGGAUUUUAAAGCUAUUUGAGACUAUCCCUCUGGUUCUUUACUGCCUGAUAGGUAGUUUCCCUUUGUUGUUGAUGAUUUCUAUAGAAGCUUUUGCUCUUCUAAAUGAAAUUUUGCGAAUUGAGUUGCUUUUCUGUGAUUACACGUAUUACGUGAAAAAUGGUUUCGGAGACUUUAUUGUAACUCUUCUUUUUUUCACCACUGGAGCAACUCUAAGUUUGCUCAGCUUCUGCCUUGUGGAUUUGUUCAUGAGGAUGACCAUGCACUUCUUAUGAGGAAUCUUUAUCACAAGUAGAAAAAAACCCACACCUGUAGGAGCACUGGGAACACUACUUUUCUUCAGGCUUUUCCUGCUGCUUUGAAUUCUGAAAUCAGUUUUGUUGAAUGGUUCCAAGGAAUCUGGGGUUUUUUUUUUUUUGGACGUGUGAACAGUUGUAUAUAUCUGAGAAGACAAUAUGCAUAAGAAGAAAAAUUGUGAACCUUGUGUGCUUCUGUGCAAGAACUUGCAGUCUUUAUUUAAACCAUGCUUGUAAUACUAACAGGCCCUUAAAAGAAAAACCUAAAUUUUUGCAUUAGAUUCUUAAAAGAUACUUUUCAUAUUGACCAAAAAAAUAGAAUAGAUAUGCAAGACUGUCUUCCACCUUACCCAGCUUGUUUUCUCUGUUCCCUGUGUCAAGGGUAGAAAAUCUGAGACAAGUAACUAAACAUGUUAAGCUGCCAUUGAAUUAAAAGGGAUUUCUCUGAAUCUUGGAAGUAGGAUCUUAAUCUUCGAUUGCAGUGUUGCUGCAAAGACCAAAUCUGCAGAAAUUGAAGUGUCUGAAAAUAAGAUGGUCUAUUUUAUAUAACUUAUUAUCCUAUUUUAGACAAUGAAAGUGUGAUAGGAAUGUUAACUGCCUUUCAGUAAAUGUUUAACUAUAGAAGAAGCUGUUUGUAUAUUAUGUGUUAGUGUUCGUGUUGAUCUUUCAAAGCAAUUUGCACACUCAUGUAAAUAACAUUUAAGUGAUUUAAAGUGGGAAAGGUACCAUUUACAGCAAGAAAGUUUCCAAAACCAGUGAUGACUGUAAGAAAAAAUCAAAUUAAAUUAUGCAUGAAGGCUGAGCGAUGGCCGAUGCAAUGUGUAUGUAAAAUCAGAAGAUUUUUAAAUUAUCUGUAACUUAAGACUCAAUAUACCCAAGUGCAGUGUGAAACUGUGCUUUAUUUGUUCUUCUUCCAAAUCUGUAGUGUAUUAGAGUGCAAAAUGUGUUUGUAACAGUUCUACAGAUGCUGCUUCUUGAGAAGAGGCUGUGUGUUUCACCAACAGAAAAAAUAAAACUUGAAACUUAA